AAAAGGAAAAGCCCAAAAGAAGUAAAAGAAAGAACUAAAGAGCCUCUCCCCACUUCUUUCUCUCUCGCUUUACCAGCUAAACCCAUCGCUAGCUCUCAGGCUCAGCACCCGAUUAACACAACCACCCACAGAGUCCACUCCUCCAUGGCAGCACUUUCAAACAAGCUAAUCUCAAUCUUCUUUAUCAUCUCUAUUCUCGGGAAUACUACUAUUCUACCAGUGGCGGAGGGGAACUGGUGCGUGGCAAGAAGUGAUGCAACCAACCAGGCAUUGCAAACUGCUCUGGAUUAUGCCUGUGGUACUGGUGCUGACUGCAGCCCCAUACAGUCUAAUGGGCUGUGCUUCCUCCCUAACACCAUCCAAGCUCAUGCUUCUUAUGCCUUUGACAGCUACUUCCAACGCAAGGGCAUGGCCUCUGGUUCUUGUGACUUCUCUGGCACUGCCACUGUUGCCAGAACUGACCCCAGUUAUGGAUCUUGUGUGUAUCCAUCUUCUUUAAGCACUGCCGGAGGGGCAACCACAAGCACAACACCGACAUCCACAACCAACCCGAAUUCACCAACACCAUCCACCGUUACACCAGCAAAUGGUGGUGGUACUGCUGGACUGAAUCCUGGAAGUGGGAUGACUCCACCCCUACCUACUGACAAUUCUAGAGCUUCAAUUGGGUUUAUGGCAGCAACAAUCCUAAUUCCCAUUUCCCUUUUACUCGUUCUCUCAUUUACGUUCUGAUUCAUGUCAGCUGAAGCAAGAGCCACAUUGCCCUCAUCUGAAGAAAAAAUGCUUAUACAGUUUUGCUAGAAGUUGGAGUCCUCUUUUGUUGCUACCAUGUAGCUUCCCGGCAUAGUAUUUGAUCUUUCAUUUUCUGCUUUAUUGUAUUUGGAAGCUAUUCUCGGCAAGCUUCAAAUUGGCUGGUAUAGAGACUUGCUAUCAUUUAGUCGGCAAGGGGUUGUGGAUAGCUGCACUUGUAUUUUAGUUCAAUCCUUGUAGGUCCACAUAUUCAAUUCAAUUGUUCAACCUGAUUCUUGUAACUAUAUUAUUAAUGGCAAGGAGUAUGAAUGUUGCUGAAUUUAACUUAA